AUGGAUUCAAAGAAUUAAUGGAACUAAAAAUCAUCAGUACAAGAAUUUGGAAUACAAAAAUAAAGUUUAGCUAAACCAGUGCAUCAAUAAGUAAAACCUACAUAGUAGGUGGCUCCUAAGAAUGAGCAUGAUCAGAAUUAGCUUGUGCGUAGAGUUACGAAAAGAAAUAUUGCAAUAAAGAAAUCUAUAGUUUCAAAUGAAGGAAAAAUUUAUGAGACAUUUGAGCCUUUAAUGAAGCCAUAAACUCCAUAAGAUAUUGGAUUUAUUGUAAAAUGCUUUUAAUCUCAUUUUGUAUUUUCUUCGAUGAAUGAAACUUAAUUGUAAGAUUGAUAAUUAAUUGAAGAAUACAAUUAGCAAAGAGUAUGUUCUAUUGUAGAUUGGUGAUUGGAUAAACUAUAAUAAAGUAAGGAGAUGGAGCUAGUUCAUUUUUUGUAUUGGAAAAAGGUAAAAUUAAUGUAUUGGUUGAUGGAAUCUCUAGAAAAUAAUUAAAUUAAGGAAAUGGAUUUGGUGAAUUAGCAUUAUUAUAUAAUGCUCCAAGAUCAGCAACAUGUGUGGCUAUGGAAGAAUGUUUUUUAUGGGGAAUAGAUAGACAUACAUUUAGAAAAAGUGUAGAAAAUGUAAUGAGGAGUGAAUAAGAAAAGAAUAGAUAAUUAUUAGAAUAAGUUAAGUUUUUUAGUAAUAUAUUAUAUUAAAUAUUUAGAUCAAUUAACUAAGGAUUAAAAAGAUGCUAUAGCAGGAGUAUUGAUUCUAUAAAAGUUUAAUCAAAAUGAAAUUAUUGUAAAUGAAGGAGAUUAAGCUAGUUCAUUUUAUAUCAUAGUUGAAGGCAAAUGUGGUGUUUUUAAUAAAGAAGAUGUUUAGAUUGCAACUCUAAAUCCUAAAGACUCUUUUGGUGAAUCUGCAUUAAAACAUGACAAUCAAAUUAGAAUGAUGACUAUCAAAGCAAUUGAAAAGGAUACUAAAGUUGUAGCUUUAGGAAAAGAUAUGAUUACAUAGAUAUUAGGUGAUAAAGUUCAAUAUAUAAUCUAUAAGAAUAUUUGUAAAUGGGCAUUAAAUAGAUCAAAAUUAUUUGGCAAAAUUCCAGCAGCAAUAUAAGAUAAAUUAAUUGAAGGAGUUAUUUAUAGAAAAUAUACUGCUGGAUAAAAGAUAAUUAAUAAAGGAGAUAAAGUUGGAUAUUUGUAUAUAGCUUUGGAAGGAAAUGUUAUGGAUGAAUAAAAGAAUUUAAUUAUUAAUAGUAUCUUAAAUGAAGAAUCUCUAUAUGAUGAAGUAGCUAAUACAAAGUAUUUAUAAUCCUUUACGAUGGAGACUGAAGGACAUGUGGCUGUUAUUGAUUAUGAUAAAUAUCGUAAUACAUAUGGAAGUGUUGAAAAAUUGUAAGAAAAUGAAUAAAGUAAUGUUCACUCUAAAGAAUAUUAAUAAUCUAAUGACUUAGUAAAAUAAUUUUAAUUGAAAGAUCUGAUUUUCUUAAAUAAAUUAGGAUCUGGUUAAUUUGGAUCAGUCUACCUUUGUAAGAAUAAAAACUAAGAUACUUUAUUUGCACUUAAAUAUGUUACUAGAGCUCAUAUUCAAUAAUAUGGAAUAUAAAAACAUGUCUAAUAAGAGAAGACAGUAUUGGAAAUGAUGAAUCAUCAAUUCAUACUAAAAUUUUAUAGAUCAUUUAAAGAUGCUGAAAACAUCUACUUUCUAACUGAGUAUAUUGCAGGAGAAGAAUUAUUUGAUGCAAUUAGAGAAAUUGGGUUAUUAAGUAAAUAUGAUUCUUAAUUUUACACUGCCCAAAUGAUACUUUAAAUGGAAUAUUUACACACUGUCCAUCAAAUUGUUUAUAGAGAUAUUAAACCAGAAAAUGUUAUGGUUGAUUAAAAUGGUUACUUAAAAUUAAUUGAUAUGGGCACUGCAAAAAGUCUAAAAAAUGUUUGUAAUUAUUAUCCAUUUAUAAAAUAGCUCCACCAAAAACAUUCACUAUUAUUGGAACUCCUCAUUACAUGGCUCCUGAAGUUAUUUCUGGUAAGGGUUAUGGAUACUUUGCAGAUUUGUGGAGUGUAGGAUGUUGUCUCUAUGAAUUUUUAUGUGGAGGUUUACCAUUUGGAGAAGAUUAAGAUGAUCCCUUUGAAAUCUAUAAAGAAAUUGUUAAGAACCCUAUACAUUAUCCAUAAUAUAUUACUGAUAAGACAGCUAAGACCAUAAUUGAAUAAUUGAUGAAUAAGAUUCCUGAAUGUAGAUUAGGAGGAUCAUAUUCUUCUCUCAAAAACAAUUAAUGGUUUUCUGACUUUGAUUGGGUAUUUAUCAAUCAAUAUUCAAUUUUAGAAUAAAUUGUUAUAGCGUCAACUUUAGGCUCCAUUAAUUCCAAAGAAAGAAAAAUUAAUGAAUGAUUCACAAAUAGUAGAAUAAAUAAAAAAGAAUAUUUUGGUUAUAGAUUAGAUCUAAAAAGAUACUAUGGGUUAGAAGAAAGUGUUUGCUUAACCAAAAGAUACAGAAUGGGAUUCAAUAUUUUGA